AAAGUCCGCUGUUGGCGGCACCAGAACCGAGAACGCGAGGAUCAUGAAAGAGCGCGAAGAGAGACGCCCCUGCUACUUACAUCGGAAAUUUGUAAACGUCGUCGACAUCUUUCGUCUCGUCUCGCGCUUCAUCGCGAGUUCGCUCGCAUCCAGCUUCAGGUAAACAAGUUUUUGCACUCGAAUGUCAAGCGCGAAGCAAGCCGAAUACGAGGUGGGUAGAAAUGAAACACGCUUUGCGGAAUAUUUGAUAAAAUAAUAGUACGAAGUAUUUGCUAAAUACUAAUAAUUCUCUUCGUGAAACUUUCAAGAGAUUCACGAACGACUGUUUUACGCUUACGUUUUACAAAUUCUCGAAGAAAUGGACACAAGUUCUGUUCUCAUCGUAGCAAGAAUCAUUGAAUUUUUAUAUAUUUCUUCGACAUUUCUGUGUAUUCGAUUAAUAAAAUAAGAAUGAAAAUACAAAGUACCCGGAGCUAAAAAUGGAAUUCUCGUUCGUGAAAGAUUCAAGCACGAUCUCGCUAUUUUGUUACGUUCUAAGAAUUCCCGAGCGAGAAUUCCCACAAAUUCGUUUCUCAUGGCACGAAAUUAUUCAAUUGAUAAAAUAAAAAAUGAAAGAAUAUAGAGUAUUUGGAGUUAAAAAUAGAAUUCCUAUUGAAACUUUUAAAUGACUCAACGCGCGUACGUGCGCGAUUUCACGUUGGAUUGAGUUCUGAGAAUUCCGGACUUUGGAGAAGAAAGGCGCACAAAUAUUUUCCUCAGGGUACAGAGAAUUAUUCAGUCGACCUUUAUAGACUGAUCUUCCGCAUUUAUCCGACUGAUAAAAUAUAAUAAUAUUUAAUAGAACCUUUCUUCUUUGGAAAUCCAAAGGAAUACAGGUGAUGCAACCACAUCCCCAGCACUUCCUUCCCACCGGUAGCCGUGUCAAUGACUGCAGUGAAACGCACAUUUCGCCACGUUCUUCUCAACGAACUCACGCACACGCGUGCGUGCGGCGUUUAUAGAAAAGGCGCACGCUCAGCAUCUCUCGGAGAAUCGCUCCAAGAACUGCUCCGGCUUUACGUCAGUGACGCGCGAUUCUCGUGACGAAGAGGAAGCAGAAAGUACGAAGCGUCGAUAUUGCGAAGGGACAAACGGGAAAAUUCGCAAUAUUACAAAGGUGGAAGAAAAAACAAAACGGUGAAAAACUGCGGUGAAAAUUUUGGAAGGUAGUCUUGUGAUCAAUUGUCUGCGAGGUGCAAAUUUGUAGCGUUGAAGAGAACCGGAUUUUCUUCACGAAAGAGUCGUCAAAGACGUAUUUCAACAACGCGAUGGACAAUAAUCCACGCAGAAAAGGCAGGAAGAUAGUGUUCCCGAUCCGAUACUUGAUGGCCAUAAUGGGAUCUAUCGGUCUUGCCAUUCUUUAUGGUUUUAAAGUCAACGUUAGCGUGGCAAUCGUCGCUAUGGUGAACCAUACAGCCGUCAAAUUACCCACGUCUUACCACGCGGAUAUCAACAGCACCAACAUAGUGAAAGCUGACGAAGUUUGUGAUGGUCAGAGCGUCACGAAGGUUGCAGUCGAGGACGGUCCAUUCGUAUGGGACGAGUCUCUUCAGGGCCUCAUCCUGUCCGCCUAUUUCUGGGGCUACAUGAUGUCCCUGUUGCCCGGUGGACGAAUGUCGGAACUCUGGUCGGCUAAAUGGGUGAUGAGCGGAUCAGUCCUGCUGAACCUUGCAGCGUCCUUUCUGACGCCUAUCGCAGCACAGGCUCAUUACUCACUCUUCAUACUGAUGAGAUUCAUUCAGGGAAUCGGUGGAGGUGUCUCGUUUCCCGCUAUGCACGUCAUGAUCGCCAAAUGGGCGCCGUUGAAUGAAAGAAGCGUCAUCGCGUCGAUCGUUUACGCUGGAACGGCACUCGGCACCGUCAUCUCCAUCUUAUUGUCCGGCUUGUUGGCCGCGAAUCUCGGCUGGCAAUUCAUCUUCUACGUGGAGAGCGCGCUUUCCCUGAUCUGGUGCAUCGCUUGGGGACUCAUGAUUGCGGAUUCCCCGGAGGAACAGUCGAGACUGAUCACUCAAGAGGAAAGGGGCUACAUCAUGACGUCGUUGGGGCACAACAAACGGGAUAUUCACAAAAAGAAAUUACCGGUCCCGUGGCGGCAAGUGUUGCGCUCUAAACCGUUCAUGGCGAUCCUGAUCACACACUUCUGCAGCAACUUCGGCUGGUAUAUGCUGCUGAUCGAAUUGCCCACCUUCAUGAAUCAGAUCUUGAAGUUCGACAUGAGCUCGAAUGCAGGACUGUCGUCCAUGCCAUUCCUGUGUAUGUGGAUCUUCACCAUGGUUCUCAGCAAAGUAUUAGCCGUUAUGCAGGACAGGGAACUUAUCACGGUGACGAUGUCUAGGAAAAUUGGAACUCUCUUCUCGUCCUUCGUACCCUUGGUGUGCUUGAUCGGCGUAUCGUACGUCGGCUGCGACCGCAUCCUCGCAGUUGUACUGAUGACGAUCGCGGUUGCCUGCAUCGGCGGUAUGUACUGCGGCUUUAUGGCGAACCACAUAGACAUAGCGCCGAAUUUCGCCGGUACCUUGGUGGCGAUGACGAACACCAUCGCCACCAUACCCGGCUUCGUCGUGCCGAUAUUUGUGGGAAAGCUGACUCAAGGAAACCAAACCAUAGAAGCAUGGAGGAUCGUGUUCCUCGUAACGGUCAUUCUGUACACCAUCGAGAUACUGGUGUACACUACUUUCGGAAGCGGCGACGAGCAGCCAUGGAACAACGUCAGGCUGUUUGACGAAGAGACAGGCGAUCAAACGUUACCUCUAAAGGGUGCCAACAAGAAAUAGAGUCACGCAGGGGAACGUCACACGCCGAGUGCCAUAACAUAGU